CAUUCAUAAAUUUGUCAUUGAGGGUUGUUGAGGAGUUGUUUCCACUGGGUGCCAAUCGAUUUGGACUUUGAAUCACAAAUUCCAUGACCACAUGAAAGUUCUACCGAAUCUUCACGAGGGCAUAAUUUUUUAAUUUUUCAUUCGCGGAAUUUCCGAGGUUAAUCCCAACAUCUCAUCUACAACGUUCCAUUUUGAUAAUGAGUGAUUAACUCUCAGGGUGAAUUUCUGCGAAAGUUAUAAUUCAGGAGUAAUUAGUUGUUCUUGAUGGUUUUAUGAGGUUUUAGUAUGAGUUUCGGGGAUAAUUAUUUAAUUCGUUAUCCACCAAGUUUUAAUUGUCCUCAGAUUAAUCGAGUUGAUGUUGAGUUGGUGGUGAGUGUCGGUGGGAAGAGCAGCUGACGGAGUUAUAUUUGGUCCAAUCAAUUUUCAUUCAACUCCCAGUGGAAAUAGCCUCAGGAGACUUCCAAAGAGAAUAAUAAAUCAGAUUGUCCUAUCUCAAAGUGAAAUGUCACUACUCCGGAAUUUUGUGGUGACCCUGGCUCGCAGCCGAUUAACUGCCCUCAGACAAUCGUCUCUCCGUGGAAGAAAGCAGAAUUUGCUGAUGGGUUUCGUAGCCUGUCGGCUGAUAUCGACCCACCACGUCACCAAGAACAUGGAGCUCAUCACAACGGACUCGAAACCACCAACACUGGACAAGCUAAAUGACAAACCGAGGGAUAAACCACUUCUGGUAUUCCUCUCGUGGCUGAUGGCUCAGCCAAAACACGUGAAGAAAUACACCCAAUUGUACCUGGAGCAGGGCUUCGACGUUGUCCACGUGAGCUCCACCCCCUGGCAAAUGAUGUGGCCAGUCAAAGGCACAAGACCUGUCGCCUACGAUCUGCUCUCCUUCCUCGAGCAGAACUCCAUGAACUACCAGCAGGUGAUGAUCCACGGUUUUUCCGUUGGUGGAUAUAUGUGGGGAGAGUUGCUGACGUACGUCCAUCAGGAUCGUAAGAGAUACGAUCCCGUUAUGGAGAGAAUUGUCGGCCAGGUAUGGGACAGCGCUGUGGAUGUCAGUGAAAUGUGCAUUGGGAUACCUAGAGCUGUCUUCAAGAAUAAUGCAGUCAUGCAGAAAUUCCUUGAGAAAUACCUAGAGUAUCACCUGAAGACAUUCUACAAUCAGGCGACGCAGUACUACAUCAGAUCGAGUCAGAUGUUCCACACGAAUUUAGUCCAGGCACCAGCUCUCUUUCUCGUCAGCAAUACCGACACUGUUGGCACUGUCGAAAGCAAUAUGAGGGUUCGAGACUCCUGGGAGUCCAUGGGAACACCUACGUACGUAAAGAUCUUCGACAAAUCACCGCAUGUUGGACACUUCAGGAAAUAUCCGAAGGAAUACACCCACGAGCUCUACACAUUCCUCAAUAUGCUGAAAAUGAUCAAGAACGAGGAUAAGCUUCGCGCUCGUAUGUAGGAUUUACAAGGUCGCCAUGAGCCCUCGCAAUUCGAUAUGAAAUGAAUUGCAGAUGUCAUUCUUGAAUUUUGAUGACUACUUGAAAGGGAACACGAGUGUUGGAUAAACAAUCAAGUGCCUUUUGCUGCCACUGCGUCUCGAAUCCUCUCUUCUCGUUAAUUAAACGUAUUUUAUUCUCUCAAUCUAUUGGUGAAUGCAAAAAUCAGACGAGAUAUAUCGGAUCCCAUUUAUUAUU